GAGGAAUACGCACACAGAGGAAAAACAAAACGAAAAAGAAAAAGAGAAAAGAAAAUUCUCUUGUAAUGGAGAACGAAACGGCGCCGUCUAAGUGGGAGGGAAAGCACGUCGCUGGAGUUAACGGCGUCACGGCGGAGAAAAUCUGGACCGCCGUGUCGGACUUUUGCAACGUCGACAAGUGGUUCCCCAGACUGGACACGUGUCGCCGCGUCGAAGGUUCUGACGGUCAGGUGGGUCUGAUCCGCUACUGCGCGUCCACCGAGACCAAAUCCGACGGAUCAGGUGCGGCGGCGGUGACCAAAUGGGCUAAGGAGCGGCUCGUGAAGUUCGAUCCGAUCGGACGGUGUAUAAGCUACGAGAUCCUCGAGAACAACGUGGGGUUCGGAUCUUAUGCGGCGACGGUCAAAGUCAAUCCAACGGACGGAGGAGAUGAAGGUGUGGGGUGUGAGAUUGAGUGGUCGUUUGUAGCGGAUCCCGUCGAGGGUUGGAAGAAGGAAGACCUUGAUUCCUACGUGGAAUUUUCUCUAAAACAUAUGACCAAGAAAAUGGAAGAUUAUUUUCUCAGUGCGUAAAUAAAAUCCAAAAUUGUAUCAACUUUUAAGGUGCCAAAAAUAAUAAAUGUGUUAGUUAAUUUACUUUGUUUUUAUGUAUUCUGGUUUUGCUUUUUCAUGUAAAAUGAAUAAACAUAAGUGGGGUUUUAAAUU